AAAUUUGGAGGCAACUGAUAUGUGCUCAUGUCUGCAUCUGUGUGGGUUGGCUGUAUCUCAGGGACAGAGUCUGCAGCACAAAAGAUAUAAUUUUGAGGACUGAACAAAAUUCAGGAAGGACUACUCUCAUUAAGGCAGUAACAGAGAAGAAUUUUGAAACAAAAGAUUUUCGAGCCUCUCUAGAAAACGGUGUUCUGCUGUGUGAUUUGAUUAAUAAGCUUAAACCUGGUGUCAUUAAGAAGAUCAAUAGACUGUCUACACCAAUAGCAGGAUUGGAUAAUAUAAACGUUUUCUUGAAAGCUUGUGAACAGAUUGGAUUGAAAGAAGCCCAGCUUUUCCAUCCUGGAGAUCUACAGGAUUUAUCAAAUCGAGUCACUGUCAAGCAAGAAGAGACUGAUAGGAGAGUGAAAAAUGUUUUGAUAACAUUGUACUGGCUGGGAAGAAAAGCACAAAGCAACCCAUACUAUAAUGGUCCCCAUCUUAAUUUGAAAGCUUUUGAGAAUCUUUUAGGACAAGCUCUGACGAAGGCACUUGAAGACUCCAGCUUCCUGAAAAGAAGUGGCAGGGACAGUGGCUACGGUGACAUCUGGUGUCCUGAACGUGGAGAAUUUCUUGCUCCUCCAAGGCACCAUAAGAGAGAAGAUUCCUUUGAAAGCUUGGACUCUUUGGGCUCGAGGUCAUUGACAAGCUGCUCCUCUGAUAUCACGUUGAGAGGGGGGCGUGAAGGUUUUGAAAGUGAUACAGAUUCGGAAUUUACAUUCAAGAUGCAGGAUUAUAAUAAAGAUGAUAUGUCGUAUAGAAGGAUUUCGGCUGUUGAGCCAAAGACUGCGUUACCCUUCAAUCGUUUUUUACCCAACAAAAGUAGACAGCCAUCCUAUGUACCAGCACCUCUGAGGAAGAAAAAGCCAGACAAACAUGAGGAUAACAGAAGAAGUUGGGCAAGCCCGGUUUAUACAGAAGCAGAUGGAACAUUUUCAAGUAAUCAGAGGAGGAUUUGGGGCACCAAUGUGGAGAACUGGCCAACUGUACAAAGAACUUCAAAGUCCUCUUGCUAUUUGGAAGAGGAAAAAGCAAAGACAAGAAACAUACCCAACACUGUAAAGGAUGAUCUUUAUGUGCGCAAGCUCAGUCCAGUCAUGCCAAACCCAGGGAAUGCUUUUGAUCAGUUUCUUCCCAAAUGUUGGACCCCAGAAGAUGUGAACUGGAAAAGAAUAAAAAGGGAAACUUAUAAGCCAUGGUAUAAAGAAUUUCAGGGAUUCAGUCAGUUUUUACUGCUUCAGGCCCUCCAAACAUACUCUGAUGACAUCUUGUCUUCCGAAACACAUACCAAAAUUGAUCCCACUUCUGGCCCAAGGCUCAUAACCCGCAGGAAGAAUCUCUCUUAUGCACCAGGCUAUAGAAGAGAUGACCUCGAGAUGGCAGCCCUGGAUCCUGACUUAGAGAAUGAUGAUUUCUUUGUCAGAAAGACUGGGGCUUUCCAUGCAAAUCCAUAUGUUCUCCGAGCUUUUGAAGACUUUAGAAAGUUCUCUGAGCAAGAUGAUUCUGUAGAACGAGAUAUAAUUUUACAGUGUAGAGAAGGUGAACUUGUACUUCCAGAUUUGGAAAAAGAUGAUAUGAUUGUUCGCCGAAUUCCAGCACAGAAGAAAGAAGUGCCGCUGUCCGGGGCCCCAGAUAGAUACCACCCAGUCCCUUUUCCCGAACCCUGGACUCUUCCUCCAGAAAUUCAAGCAAAAUUUCUCUGUGUACUUGAAAGGACAUGCCCAUCCAAAGAAAAAAGUAAUAGCUGUAGAAUAUUAGUUCCUUCAUAUCGGCAGAAGAAAGAUGACAUGCUGACACGUAAGAUUCAGUCCUGGAAACUGGGAACUACCGUGCCUCCCAUCAGUUUCACCCCUGGCCCCUGCAGUGAGGCUGACUUGCAGAGAUGGGAGGCCAUCCGGGAGGCCAGCAGACUUAGGCACAAGAAAAGGCUGAUGGUGGAGAGACUCUUUCAAAAGAUUUAUGGUGAGAAUGGGAGUAAGUCCAUGAGCGAUGUCAGCGCAGAGGAUGUUCAAAACUUGCGUCAGCUGCGUUACGAGGAGAUGCAGAAAAUAAAAUCACAAUUAAAAGAACAAGAUCAGAAAUGGCAGGAUGACCUUGCAAAAUGGAAAGAUCGUCGAAAAAGUUACACUUCAGAUCUGCAGAAGAAAAAAGAAGAGAGGGAAGAAAUUGAAAAGCAGGCACUUGAGAAGUCUGAGAGAAGCUCUAAGACGUUUAAGGAAAUGCUGCAGGACAGGGAAUCCCAAAAUCAAAAGUCUACAGUUCCAUUGAGAAGGAGAAUGUAUUCUUUCGAUGAUGUGCUGGAGGAAGGAAAGCGACCCCCUACACUGACUGUGUCAGAAGCAAGUUACCGGAGUGAGAGAGUAGAAGAGAAGGGAGCAACUUACCCUUCAGAAAUUCCCAAAGAUGAUUCUACCACUUUUGCAAAAAGAGAGGACCAUGUAACAACUGAAAUUCAGCUUCCUUCUCAAAGUCCCUUGGAAGAACAACGCCCAGCCUCUUUGUCUUCUCUGCGUUCAGGGAGCACACAAAUGGAGUCGACUCGUGUUUCAGCUUCUCUCCCCAGAAGUUACCAGAAAACUGAUACAGUCAGGUUAACAUCUGUGGUCACACCAAGACCUUUUGGCUUUCAGACAAGGGGAAUCUCAUCACUCCCCAGAUCUUACACGAUGGAUGAUGCUUGGAAGUAUAAUGGAGAUGUUGAAGACAUUAAGAGAACUCCAAACAAUGUGGUCAGCACCCCUGCACCAAACCCAGAUGCAAGCCAACUGGCUUCAAGCUCAUCUAGCCAGAAAGAGGUAGCAGCAACAGAAGAUGUGACAAGGCUGCCCUCUCCUACAUCCCCCUUCUCAUCUCUUUCCCAAGACCAGGCUGCCACUUCUAAAGCCAUAUUGUCUUCCACAUCUGGUCUUGAUUUAAUGUCUGAAUCUGGAGAAGGGGAAAUCUCCCCACAAAGAGAAGUCUCAAGAUCCCAGGAUCAAUUCAGUGAUAUGAGAAUCAGCAUAAACCAGACGCCUGGGAAGAGUCUUGACUUUGGGUUUACAAUAAAAUGGGAUAUUCCUGGGAUCUUCGUAGCAUCAGUUGAAGCAGGUAGCCCAGCAGAAUUUUCUCAGCUACAAGUAGAUGAUGAAAUUAUUGCUAUUAACGACACCAAGUUUUCAUAUAACGAUUCAAAAGAGUGGGAGGAAGCCAUGGCUAAGGCUCAAGAAACUGGACACCUAGUGAUGGAUGUGAGGCGCUAUGGAAAGGCUGACUGGGGCAAAGACCAACCUUCCCUGCCAUUUAUACGGCAUAAAACCCUCAAUCUCACCAGUAUGGCUACCAAAAUUAUAGGUUCACCUGAAACAAAGUGGAUUGAUGCAACUUCUGGAAUUUACAACUCAGAAAAAUCUUCAAAUCUAUCUGUAACAACUGAUUUCUCCGAAAGCCUUCAGAGUUCUAAUAUUGAAUCCAAAGAAAUCAAUGGAAUUCAUGAUGAAAGCAAUGCUUUUGAAUCAAAAGCAUCUGAAUCCAUUUCUUUGAAAAACUUAAAAAGGCGAUCACAAUUUUUUGAACAAGGAAGCUCUGAUUCGGUGGUUCCUGACCUUCCAGUUCCAACCAUCAGUGCCCCGAGUCGCUGGGUGUGGGAUCAAGAGGAGGAGCGGAAGCGGCAGGAGAGGUGGCAGAAGGAGCAGGACCGCCUACUGCAGGAAAAAUAUCAACGUGAGCAGGAGAAACUGAGGGAAGAGUGGCAAAGGGCCAAACAGGAGGCAGAGAGAGAGAAUUCCAAGUACUUGGAUGAGGAACUGAUGGUCCUAAGCUCAAACAGCAUGUCUCUGACCACACGGGAGCUCUCUCUUGCCACCUGGGAAGCUACCUGGAGUGAAGGGUCCAAGUCUUCAGACAGGGAAGGAACCCGAGCAGGAGAAGAGGAGAGGAGACAGCCACAAGAGGAAGUCGUUCAUGAGGACCAAGGAAAGAAGCCACAGGAUCAGCUUGUUAUUGAGAGAGAGAGGAAAUGGGAGCAACAGCUUCAGGAAGAGCAAGAGCAGAAGCGGCUUCAGGAAGAGCAAGAGCAGAAGCGGCUUCAGGCUGAGGCUGAGGAGCAGAAGCGGCUUCAGGCGGAGGCUGAGGAGCAGAAGCGUCCUGCGGAGGAGCAGAAGUGCCAGGCAGAGAUAGAGCGGGAAACAUCAGUCAGAAUAUACCAGUACAGGAGGCCUGUUGAUUCCUAUGAUAUACCAAAGAGAGAAGAAGCAUCUUCAGGUUUUCUUCCUGGUGACAGGAAUAAAUCCAGAUCUACUACUGAACUGGAUGAUUACUCCACAAAUAAAAAUGGAAGCAAUAAAUAUUUAGACCGAAUUGGGAACACGACCUCUUCACAGAGGAGUUCCAAGAAAGAACAAGUACCAUCAGGAGCAGAGUUGGAGAGGCAACAGAUCCUUCAGGAAAUGAGGAAGAGAACACCCCUUCACAAUGACAACAGCUGGAUCCGACAGCGCAGUGCCAGUGUCAACAAAGAGCCUGUUAGUCUUCCUGGGAUCAUGAGAAGAGGCGAAUCUUUAGAUAACCUGGACUCCCCCCGAUCCAAUUCUUGGAGACAGCCCCCUUGGCUCAAUCAACCCACAGGAUUCUAUGCUUCUUCCUCCGUGCAAGACUUUAGUCGCCCACCACCUCAGCUGGUGUCCACAUCAAACCGUGCCUACAUGCGGAACCCCUCCUCCAGCGUACCCCCGCCUUCAGCUGGCCCCGUGAAGACCUCCACCACAAGUGUGGCCACCACACAGUCCCCCACCCCAAGAAGCCAUUCCCCUUCAGCUUCACAGUCAGGCUCUCAGCUGCGUAACAGGUCAGUCAGUGGGAAGCGCAUAUGCUCCUACUGCAAUAACAUUCUGGGCAAAGGAGCCGCCAUGAUCAUCGAGUCCCUGGGUCUUUGUUAUCAUUUGCAUUGUUUUAAGUGUGUUGCCUGUGAGUGUGACCUCGGAGGCUCUUCCUCAGGAGCUGAAGUCAGAAUCAGAAACCACCAACUGUACUGCAACGACUGCUAUCUCAGAUUCAAAUCUGGACGGCCAACCGCCAUGUGAUGUAAGCCUCCAUACGAAAGCACUGUUGCAGAUAGAAGAAGAGGUGGUUGCUGCUCGUGUAGAUCUAUAAAUAUGUGUUGUAUGUCUUUUUUGCUUUUUUUUAAAAAGAAGAAUACCUUUUUUGCCUCUUUAGAUUACAUAGAAGCAUUGCAGUCUUGGUAGAACCAGUAUUUUUGUUGUUUAUUUAUAAGGUAAUUGUGUGUGGGGAAAAGUGCAGUAUUUACCUGUUGAAUUCAGCAUCUUGAGAGCACAAGGGAAAAAAUAAGAACUUAAGAAUAUUUUUGAGGCAGAUAAUGAUCUAGUUUGACUUUCUAGUUAGUGGUGUUUUGAAGAGGGUAUUUUAUUGUUUUUUUAAAAAGGGUUCUUAAACAUUAUUUGAAAUAGUUAAUAUAAAUACAUAAUUGCAUUUGCUCUGUUUAUUGUAAUGUAUUCUAAAUUAAUGCAGAACCAUAUGGAAAAUUUCAUUAAACUCUAUCCCCAAAUGUGCUUUCUGUAUCCUUCCUUCUACCUAUGUAUUCUGAUUUUUAAAAAUGCAGUUAAUGUACCAUUUAUUUGCUUGAUGAAGGGAGCUCUAUUUUCUUUACCAGAAAUGUUGCUAAGUAAUUCCCAAUAGAAAGCUGCUUAUUUUCAUUAAUGAAAAAUAACCAUGGUUUGUAUACUAGAAGUCUUCUUCAGAAACUGGUGAGCCUUUCUGUUCAAUUGCAUUUGUAAAUAAACUUGCUAAUGCAUUUAACGAGCGGGUUGUCUUUUUCUUAGGUGUAUGUGUCUGACUUCAGGCCUGUUAGUCAUAUUUCAGUAUGUGGCCUUUUUUGAUGUUAUGUUUUAUUCAGUAGCUUUACUAAGGUAUAAUUGAUGUAAUAAACUGCAUAUAUUUAAAGUGUAUACUUUGACAAAUUUUGACAUGGUGUAUACCUUCAAAACUAUGCCACAGUCUGGAUGAGUUUACUGAAACAUUUUAAUAAGGAAGUUUAUUUUUGAUAAAGUUAUGUUUUUGGAUACAAUAUAUUUGUAUGGUAAGAGUGAUGAAUUGUUGGAUCAUUUGAAUAAAAUCUUUUCUUUUACUACCCCCAUGAUAAAAGGAGAAGACAACAGUGAGCUUAGAAUAUCUAUAAAGCAAAAAAUGUAGUCUCUUGUUUAAAAAAUCUGGAGUGGGAAUGCAAGGAUGCAAAACUUUAGCAUGUUUGAGCAAAAAAUUUAAACUUACUGGAAUCUUUUAUAACAAUGUAAGUGGAAUGGAGAAUUCUAGGAACUGAGAACUGUAUUGGAAUAGGUUCAAAAUAUAUAAGAAAUGCUAAUGAGGGAGAUAAAAAUGUUAUUUAGUACUUAUUCUGAUUAUUAUUAAAGUAAUAAUGUUUUCCUUGAGGGUAACUUGUCAAAUGCCCAAAGGCAUAAAGAAUAUAAUUCUGAAUCCCAAAUUCCAAAGACAAGAGCUCCGUGUUUGAAUUCAUUCUGCAUAUAAUUAUUUAUAAGUAUAGAUUGUGAAUUUUUCCAUGUUCUUAAAAUUAUUUUUAUCUUUUUUCGUGGUUGCAUAGUGCUCCAUUGUUUGGGCCUGGUAAUAUUUAGUUGAUAAUUCCA